AUGAAUGUCAAAGGAUUCAUUGUGUGGAUUCUCAUGUCCACAAUCUUCAUCAGUUGCUACGCGAAAGCGAUGCCGGUGAAGCGACGAAUGGUCCUUCGAUUACCGUUCGUUCACAAUCAGGAGAGCAGUCAGGUAAUGGCCCAGAAUCCGACACGUUUGGAAAGUUCGGCGAUUUCAUAGAUCCCCAUAAAACCACCUAUGCAACACGUGGUCCUGACCUCCUAGUUCUAUAGAUCACUGCCAGCCCAAACUCUAGUCUUCUAACGCAAAAAAUCCUCAAAUAGCAUGACAUUCCUUUAACGUCACCUGAAAAGCAGCGCCGAAAUGUUAGGCGUGACUCCAGAAGAACAAGUCGGGGUAAGCAAUGAGUAAAUGUCAGGUGAAGUGUCUAGUCGGGCGGUUAGUCAUAAAUCAUAGAAGGACCCACAAAAUUUCUUCAACUUUUCUCGUUUCCAGAACACGUUCCAACAGCGAACGUUCCUGCGCAUGCUCAACGGAAACUCGAAGAUCAAGAAGGCCGACUACGUGCUCCCGGAGGACUUUUCCUCCGACGACAACUACGUCUACAUGUUCCGUCAAAUCAUCUGA